CUCCAUAAGGGGGAGGUGGAGGUUCUACUUGCAUAAGUAGCGCCUCGCUACCUCGCACAACCAUCACAUUCCAACUACUUGUCUUAUUGUCUACUACUGCUGGGUAUCUGACUCCCCACAGACAUAAACAUGAGGAUCGCUGUGUUGGUAGUGUUCGCCGUGAUGGCUAUCUGUCAGGCCGCCUCCGUCAACGAGGGAGAGGCCAAGGCACCAGUGGUGGAGACGGUGCCACUGAAGAAGCCGGAAGCAGCAGUGCCGGUGGAAACGGUGCAGUUGAAGACAGCGGACGAGAAAAAGAUUGAAGAUGCAAAGAAAAUUGAAGACAUGCCAAAGCCAAUUCUUAGUGCUGCCGAAGAGCUUCCUCUAGAAGAGGAGGAAGAGGAUGAGGAAUUCUAUGAGGAUGAGGAUCCACAGUUCGGUUUAGAGGAAGAGUUCGAAGAUGACUGAGGAGGAUGAGGAGGAAGGGGAAGAGGGACACAAUAUUUGGAAGAG